AGUCGGCAGUUGGGGGAAGGACAGAAGUUGAAGAAGAUCAUGACCUAGGAAACUACAGAUGACCACUUGGGAUGUAUAAGAGCCAUAUCUGAGUCCGACCCUCCCAUCCUCAUGCCCUCCUUACUCUCUCAUUCAUUUUAUGUAGUCCUGCUUUGAGCAGGGAUGUAGCUGGGAUACUUGGCCACUGGGUAUAUUGUGUUUUCAUUGGAGAGAUGUGCUCUCAUCACCAUAGCAAGACUAUAGUACCACCAUCUGACAAAGCCAGCUCAGUCAGUGAACAGGUUUUCCAGCACAGGAGUGAAGAUUAAAAGAAAAGAAAUGAUUAGACAAUAUUGCAGCAUGAUCCCAGCCAGUAUUGAGACUGAAGGCUGAGAUUCCUGCCAAGUGGCCUCAAAAGCUCUCCACCACCAUCCAGCACUGAGGCCAGGCCCCUGCUCUACAUCCUGUUGGUGACAAGAUGCUCUCAGCUUCCCAUGUAGUUCUGAGGUCCUAAUAUCCACAGCUCACCAUCAAUUUAAAAGGAAAGAAGAAACAGAUAAGUGAAGGGAGACUCAGUGUUUUGCUCUGUCCUGUGCUGUGGAGAAGAACUUUCUCUCUGUUUUUCAUUCAGACUAUUUAUAUCCUAUAAAAAGGAGUAGACAACAGGGGCAUUGGUUUUGUGGGUCCAAACCGUAGCACUAAUAUGCAAAGCAGGCCACAGCUGAUCAUGUAUCUAAGUACAUUCUUACAGCUUUUUCUGGCCAGCAAGCUGAACCCACAACCCCAAAAGUUUCUUCAGAAUUAGAGACUCUGAGAUUAAUGUGGAUAGACUUAGCACUGUUCUGCAAAGUGUGAAUGGGCAUGCACAGGGACAUGUACCCCUCACCCCCACAGGUAUGCAUGCACUCAUGUAUUCGAGAACACGAAAGAUGAGUCAGAAAUUAAGUAUGUAUAGAUUUAGCUGAGAGAUAGAUCAUUACCAUUCUUGGGUGACAGGUCUCUUGGUCCAAGUUAACAAGCUGUCUCUCAGCUGGUUCUCACAGGAGUGAUGUAACACUGCUGUACUCAUAAGGUGUACAUGGCACCAAAGUAUUCUCUGCCAGUUGCACACCUGGCCUCCAUAUGCCACCAACACCUACUCUGCAGACAUUGACACUUCCUGAUCCUUGAAGCUGUCACUACAUUUCAAAACACUGCCAGCAUUAUCCUGGCACUCUGCUCCCAGGUUUCUUCCUCUCAAGGUCUCACACCAGGCUGUUUCCCAUGUUUUACUCCAGCAUUCCUGUGCAUCUUCCAUUCUUUCCCAUGCCCUCAGCCACUUCAGGCUCUGCACCCAUGGGAUCUUAACAGGUGCCUUGGAGAUGUCUCAGCCUAGACACAGAGACAUAAACAUAAAGACCUAUUGAUGCCCACUGACCCUCUUCACAUUGUAACCAAGGAUUCCAGUGUCUGUGGUGCUGUCCAGACCCUGUUGGAGUCUCUACUUCCCACCUCCCUUGCCAAUAUUAAAUAUCAGCCUGGAAAAAGGAGUGGUGAGGGCCUUCCUUCAGCCUGUAUUUUUUGGGGGGUAGGGGAUGACCUACUGAAUAUAGGCCUUAUUUUAUGGUUGUGUCCUGCUAACAGGACCUGGGAACAGAACAAAGGCAGAUGGGUAUUCAAUCACUGUUGGAUAUCUCCUUUUCCCACCUCAUUCUUGUAAGUGUUUUGCUUAGAUGGGAGGAUAGCCUGGAAUUCCAGGAACCAUCCAACUCUGAAGGAAAAAGGCAUUCCAGUGGAAGGGCAUCCUGAGACAUGGAGGCUCAGGAACUACAUAGCCCUGAAGUGGAACGGUGUCUCAGUAAAGGGUGUCUUGAGAUAUGGGAGCUCAGUGUCCUCACAGUUGUGAGGUGGAAUAGUGUCUCAAGUAUGGGAAUCCCAACACAUGAUAGCCCAGGGAACCACAUAACUCUGAGGUGAGAUGGUGUUCCAAGGGAAGAGCAACCUUAGACACAUUGGCUCAGGAAUCAUGUAACUCCAAGAGGAAGACUCCUCAGUAGAAGGAUUGCAACUCUCACAAAGAAGCUAUCAACAGCCGAGCUGAACUCAGGAACCUCAGAUGCUUUCUUUGCUUCUUCUUCUCUUCAUUGAAGCUUUUCUUCUUGGCUUCUGAUGAGAGUCACACCAGAUGUCAGGAAUCUGGUACCACAAGGCAAUAGUGAAUGACCUGAACAUCACAGAGCUGAGACCAAUGAAAAUACAAAAAUUCCCUCUUGUAGUGAGAGCACUGCAGAAGGGAAACAUGGAAGUCACUUUAACUUUUUUGCAUAAUGGCGAGUGUGUCCAGCUUGAAUUCCUGAUGGAGAAAAUAGAGAAACCUGGCCUAUACAAAGCUGUUUGGGAUACGUUACUUACAUACAUCUAUGAGCUUCCAGUCUUGGACCACUACGUCUUCUACAGUGAAUGCAAGUUAAUUGAUGGCAAAUUCUAUGUGGCAGAGCUCAUAGGGAAGGACCUCAACGAGAACCGCCAGGCCCUAGAAGAGUUCAAGAAAUUCAUACAGCUUAAAGGCUUUCCACCAGAAAACAUCAUUGUGCCUGAGCAGAGAGAAAUGUGUGUCCCUAAAGUUCACAAUGCUGCCCCUCAGAAUUGCAAAUCCCAAGCCAACUCUGUCUCCAAUGCAUAGUAGUACAUUCCCUGUUACGUUCUUCUCCAUGACCACACAACACCGUGACAUCUCCUUCAAGACCAUCUCAUCUUGGACACUAAGUACCCACUGGACCAUACUCCUGCCACCACCCUCUAUGUACCCCAAACUGAAGUAAAUCCAUAAGCAUCCAUUCUGAAUCC